AUGGCGGCGGAGAUCAUCGACGGGAAGGCGAUCGCGCAGGCGGUGCGGGACGAAGUUCGAGACAAGGUGACGGCGAUGCGAGCGAAAACCGGCAAGGCGCCGGGACUGGCGGUCGUGCUCGUCGGUGAGCGGAAAGACUCGCAAACGUACGUGCGGUCGAAGAAAAAGGCGUGCGAAGAGGCGGGGAUCGAGUCGUUCGGGACGGAUUUGCCGGAAGACGCGACGGAGGAGGAGGUGCUCGCCGUCGUGGCGGCGUACAACGCGGAUCCGAACGUACACGGCAUUCUGGUGCAGUUGCCGAUGCCGAAGCACAUCAACGAGGAGCGCGUGCUCGGGGCGAUCGAUUACGAAAAGGAUGUCGAUGGGUUUCACCCGCUGAACAUCGGACGAUUGUCGCAGCGUGGUCGCGAACCGUUGUUCGUGCCGUGCACGCCGCGCGGCUGCAUCGAACUCCUCGAGCGCACCGGCAUCCCCAUCGCGGGUAAAGAAGCCGUCGUCGUCGGGCGAUCGAACGUCGUGGGCACGCCCGCUGCGCUUUUACUUCAGCGUCGAGACGCCACGGUGACGAUCGUGCACUCGAGAACGCCGAACCCUGAGGAAAUUUGUCGCCGAGCCGACAUCGUCAUCGCCGCGUGCGGGCAGAUGGAAAUGGUCAAAGGGUCUUGGCUCAAGCCCGGGUGCGCGGUGAUCGACGUCGGAAUCAACGCCAAGGACGACCCGAGCAAAAAGCGCGGCUACCGCUUGGUCGGUGACGUCGAGUACGACUCCGCGGCCGAGGUGGCGGGCCACAUCACCCCCGUGCCGGGAGGCGUCGGUCCGAUGACCAUCGCGAUUUUGUUGCAAAACACGCUCGAAGGCGCGGAGCGCGCGUUCGGGCCGUGA